GUAGUAGUGUAGGGUGCCAUCACCUACAACGCGCGUUGGUCGUUGGUGUGAUCUUGGAGGGAUAGUUGGCAGCGCUGGAUACAUCCAUUCCGUUGUGCGGCAUGUGCUACCUUUCUUGCAACGGGAGGGUGGUGCGCUGUUGAAGGAGGACAGUGCCCGCCCUCACACUGCCCACGCUACACAUCACACUCUCCGCGAUGUUCAACUGCCCUGGCCGGCAGGCUCGCCGAAUUUGUCCCCGAUCUAGCUUGUGUGGGACACGAUGGACCAACGCCUGAAACGUUGCUGUGGAAUAGUUGACUUCCCCAACUAUUCUGCCUGCUCUGCGUGCGGCAGUGCAGGAGGCGUGGAACGUACGAUUGAAUGCCAGCGCGUGUCAGGACUCCUCGUACUGCACGCAGUAUGGAUGAGGAGUUUCCAGUCCAUCGUUCUUUCUGUUGUUGGACGUGCGAGACUCACAUGGCUCUGCCCAUGUAAUCAUGGUAGUAUUCUGUCUGUGAAGCAGGAACCUGAAGAUCCUGAAGAACCUGAAGUGGACGAUGAUAAGAACAAUGAAGUGUUCCUUGAACAGUGUUCCUUUAUUAAAAAAGAAGAAAUGGAAGAUGAUGUGGAUGAUGACUGUAUUGCUUAUGGGGAGAUGCAGAAUGAGGAGGUGUUACCAGACAGUUUCCCAGUUCCUGUUGGUCGCCCAAUGCGCAUUGAAGAGGAAUAUGAAGAGGAUCCAUCAACAUCAGAGAGUUUUACAGUUCCAGCUACUGUUCCUAAUAAUUCUUCAAAAGAUUACAUACUCCCAGAUGACGGAGCUGUGUUUCCACUAUUCUUGAAACAGCAAAGUGAUGUUCUUCGUACUCGGAUGUCACAUCAUAUUCUUGGUCAACAAGCUACACGCACACCAAACCAGGAAUCAUCGACUCCAACAAUAUCUCCUGAGAAACCCAGCUUUCAACUUGGCAAUAAACCCAAAAAAUCAUCUUUUAUAGAUAUAUCGCCUGUUUCAAAUGAAAAUCUCAGUGAACGAGCCAAGGAAGUUUUGAAGCGUUUGGCCCGAAUAUGCCCCAAGGUUGAUAAAAGAACUCACAACAUUGUGAGUAAGAAAGUACAAAAUUCACUUAUGGAAUUAGAUGUUAAUACAAAUAUGCAAACAUCUGCAGCAAGCACUAAUCAUAUUACUCUUACACAACCUCAAAUGAAACAAGUUUCAAUAAGAACAGAAGAAGUACUAUCAAAAUCACAGGUAAUAUUAUAUAAAAUUAGGAGCAAUAAUCAAAUAUCAGGAGCAAUAAAAAUAUAUCUUACAAGUGCAUGGUCUUUUGUGAGAAUGAUACUUACACCAUCACAAAAUAAUAAUAAAACAAUAAACCAUAUAUUGUCAUUUGGGGAUCCAUUUCCCCUGAAAGCAGUAUGUACACCUUCACAAGCACAGGCCUGGGGCUCAGUCGUCAUUUUGGGAGCAGUAACUGGACACCAGAGCCAGAAUCAAAUGCUGACUCUUGGACCAAUGGCUGUAACAACACAGCAACAGAAAACGGGCCCUGGGGUGUUUCUUGAAAAAGCAGCUGUACAAAGCCAACAGGAAUUAGGUCAGUUCAUGCGUGUAACAACUGUACCUGUACCAACACAUCAGGGUUUAAGCCAAAUGACAUCUGUAGCAGCUGAACCUACACUACUCCAACAGGGAUUAGGUCAAGUAAUAACUGUAGCAACUGAUACUCCAACAAUUCAACAACAGGGUUUAAAUGGAAUGAUAUCUAUAGCAGCUGUACCGUCACAAACUGAAAAUAAGGGAUUAAGUCAAAUAAUUUCUGUAACAAAUGAAUCUCCAGCAACUCAACUACAGGGUUUAAAUGGAAUGAUAUCUGUAGCAACUGUACCUGCACAACCCAAACAACAGAAGCUGGGUCCAUUGUUGACUAUUAGAACUUUAAAUACAUCUAAUCAACAAGAGAAUUCUGUGAACUCUCGGAGCUCUGUGCGUGGGCAAACCCAUCGUCAGAUAGUAAUGGGUCAUGCAAUAGCCUUAGGAUCACAAACCCAAGAACAGAGAAUAGGUCAAAUCAUGCCUGCAACUGCCAGCAUCAACUGCCAACAGCAACAACUGCCAACAACAAAUCAGGGUUCAGGGCGACUGAUAUCUAUAGCACCUAAACCUGCACAACCACAGGAGGUAAAGGUAUUAGGUCAAUUGGGAUCUGUAGAAAAUGAUCUCCCAACAUCUCAACAACAGGGUUUAAAUCAAAUUAUGUCUAUAGCAACUGUACCUGCACAAGCCAACGAAAAGGGUUUGGUUUCAGUGAUGUCAGUAGGAGCGAUGUCAGUUCCAACCUCUCACCAGGUAAUAAGUCCCAUUAAUUCAGUGCAAACAGACCCACGACAAACAUUACAUCAUGCAAUGCCUGUUGAAACUGUGACAAUCUCAGCUCCACUUCAGGCAUUUGGCUCUAUAUUAGCCAAGACUCCACUUACACCAGUUACAAAUGCAACUGCAACUGUACCAGCUUCAGGGCCUGUGAAAGCAUCAACAUCAGCAUCAGGACCACUGCAAGCCCCUACCUGGACAUCAUCAGCACCUAGUGUAGCACCACAUUUAAUGCGAGUAGAAGCAACAAAACAAGAACAUGGGCAAGCACCAGCACAGGUGCAGACAUUGACACCAGUUCGAGUGCAAGCACUAGAUCCAACAGCAGCUUCCAGUCCACCGUUACUGCCCAAAGUAGUGCAACAAAUAGCUCCUACACCAAUGCAAGAUCCGACACAAGCACAAGCACCUGUGCAAACUUCAGUGUCAAUGGAAGCAGUAACAAAAUCUCCCCUUUUAGUGAAAGCAUUGUCAUCAGCAUUCAAGGGAAUAGUAGAACCUGUCAGAACUGCAACAUCAAACUCUACACCUGCGUCUGUGCAGGUGUCACCACCAACGUGUGUACAAAGAUCAGUGCCAGCAGCAUCAUCAAUUUCUCAAGAGGACUUAAACUUGGGGUUAGCUGUGAAAAUGUAUAAAAUAUAUACAAAAAAUGAGGACACUAAGGCACCCGGUCCCUGGAGAAUGUAGGGAAGUGACAUCAGGCCAAUAGUGUAGUGUCCAGAAGAUUGGUUAGUGUGUGGUGAGUGAAAAAACACAUUGUGAAAGGAUCUCUUUGAGUCUAGAUAAUCAAGCCCAGUAGGGUAUCUAGGUAUAAAUAUAAAUGCCAAAAAAAAAAAGUACAAUAAUUUCAACGUGAAGCCAGGGCUGGGCAAAACUAGCAAAAACAGAUUUGACUUCACGAUGUCGGGGGUUUCAUGUUGAAAAUUAAUAAAUUGAGAAUAUGCAGUAUUUUCAAUUAAUGAAAUUUAUCUAUGUAGGGGAAAAUAGGGUAAACCUGAAGUGUUUUGUUUAACUUAAUAAACCUGACAGAAAAACUGUUUUCUAAUUCUGAAGUUCUAUCAUUAAGAGAUGAUCCUUAAGUUUUAUUACAUCAAAACAGAAAUACAGUGAAAUCUCAGUAUAAAGUAGGUCAUAAAAUCAUUUUACUGAAAACACAAUUGUAUGUAAUUUAUUUUGAAUAGUUUUCCCAACACACAAAAAUAAUGAAAAAACAAACAAACAAUGCAUCACUCAUUAAAAUAUUCUGUGAUGGAAGUUUGUUUUGUCUUUUUGAGUGAGUUGCUUUCCACAAACUCUUCUACCUCACUUAAUGAUUUGAAUAUUGUCUCUGGAACAUUUAUAUUUUUCUCCAUAUACACUUUUAAUGUUUCAAGGCACUUCACUGCCUCUGUGUAAUUUUGUUUCUUCUUCUACUUCUUCCUCUUCAUUAUUUUCUUAUGAUGUAGUCAAAGAUUCAACAUCACUCUGUGAGGCAGUGACUCGUUUCAGUCCCAGCAUCAAUAUUAACAUAAUCAUCAAAUGUUGCAGAUGAUGGAAGUUCUAACUCCUUUGCAAUUUGUUCCCACACCUCACAAUGAUCUUCACAAGCCACAACCUCUGGCAAAGCACUUUAUUUGAAAAUACAAAAUUCCUGACUUUCUUCAACAAUUAGUAAUUGUUGUUGCUUUCACAUUCCACCAACCUCCUCCUAACAUUUGUAUCUUUUGCACAAUGUUGAUUUUGGUUGAAACUUUCAAUCUAAAGUUUAUUAGUUAUCUGCUGAACCAGUCUUUUCUGAUAGCAGACCUUUUCAUUAUGAAUAGGGGGCGUAUUUUAAUGACCUGAAAUGCUUUUAAAAUGUUUUAAAAAUGACCUAAAACCAGAGAAAAAUUACGUAAAGAAUGUGAACAAGACCAGAUCUGCCUACGUAAGCCCAAGCAAUCCACAUUCUUCAGAGUGGUGAUAUUUGCAAGACCUACCAUAUAGGAGGAUGUAAAGGCAAGAACAAGUCCAGGAUCGGCAAGCACAGUAACAAAUAUGGAAACACCUUUUAUUCUUGUGCCUGAUGCUUUGAAGCUAUGAAGGAUUUGAUUAUUUAAAGUUUAUUGAGGAUCAAGAACUUUACAAGAUAAAAUAAUUUUAAUUUUUGUUAAAUAUUAAUGUUAUCUAUUGUUAUAGGCAUCCAUGGUUAUCUAUGUAAGAAAAAUUUUAGCACAACAUUGACAUUCUUUAACAAUUCAGAAAUUGGAGUUAAAAUCCUUAUUUAGAUUUAUUUAGUCAAAAAACCGUCAAAACUGUGUGAGGUAUGGGGGAGAAGAUAAUCUGCGCAAGUUUUCUUGAGUUCCAGAAUCCCUUCCCAUCAUUAUAACUAUAAAUAAUUGAAAGACAAGUAAAAGUUAAAGAUAAGUAAAUAAAUAAAAAUAAAAUUUAAAAAAGCGUGAGUGAAGAGACAUUUGGAAAACUAGACAUUUUCGUUCCCGAGUUACAAAAAACGGUUUUGCUAGUAAACAAGCUGUAGAUUUGAUUUUCUGCAUUGCUAACAAAAUAGUAAGCGCCCUUACCUGCUACCACUACAAGCAAAAGGAGAGUUCAACAAAAGUGUGCAUAGUGAAGCUAUCGUAACGAUUGUAUUGAUGAUAACACUACAAAAAUUUGUACCCUUUGAAAUGACGGGUUCGUCCUACUAGGUAGAAGGAUAAUCACUGUCCUUCUUGUGUUAAAACGAUGAAAUCGGCUAAACAAAUGCAUUAAAAAUUAAGGAAAAGAGUAAAAAAUGACUUCUUAGUCAAUCAACAAAAAAACAAAAAAAGACAUAUAAAAAUGGGUAAUUUCUUUUUCUCAUAAUAUAAAAUUAAUUUCUGAAAUGGCAUUGUUCUAAAGUGUAAAAGAAAAAAGAAUGGCAUUUCAUUGAAAUCCAAUUCCUAAUUAUGAAUAAUUCCCGAGUCUAGUGCCUGCAGUACAGAAGUGCAGUUGGGAGGGAGGAAUCCAAUAUUGAUAUUUCCCAACCUGCUGUUUACUUUAUGAGCAGAGCAAUUAUCUACCAACAACAGGAUUUUUCUUUUGUAUUUUCUAAUAUCUUUGUUCAACUCAAGAAGCUGUUGCGUUGUUCGUUGCCCCUGUUGCUCUGAAACGAAGAGGGGGGAGGAACCAUGCAUUAUAUCAGGCCGUGCCGUGCAUAACGCAGUGAAAUACAUUGGGAUGAUUAUGAGUUUCUGAAUUUACUAGAAAAAAAAUCAUAAAAUCUGAAAAACCUAUUUUUGAAUAAAGGGGGUGUUGACCCGGUAGAGCGCACAACGUUCUCGCCCGACAUGGAUGCUGGUUACCUUCACUUCGCUCUAACCACCUUUCGCGGGCCACUCAGUUGGACAACCCUGUCCUAAGCGAAUCUUCUUUCUAUUGGGGCACAUCGCAGAUUGUUCCUUCGUUUUUUUAAAUUGUUAUUGCGUUUUAAAGUGAAACUGAAGUUGUCAUCGUGUUAUAUACAUGUGCUACAUCAACCUGCUUCAUCCCACUAUUUAUUUUUACUUUCUCGCCCUUACGAACUACUUCAUAUGAAGAGUAAGUUAUGGAAUCAUGCAGCGGAAAACAGCUAAUUUUCGGCAGGAAAACUCUUAUUACCGGGCCCUGGUAACGAAAAAGUGGAUAAAACAUGUGUGGUCAGAAUUAAUAAUUUGUGGGUCCUUAAUACCGGAAAAUGGAUUACAAGCAAAAGUAUGUCUGUCCGUCCGCGGUCAACGCUAACGCUUAAACCGUUUAUCCGAUUUUUUCCAAAAUUGAUAUUCCGCGAUCGAUCUGAAUGAACUCGAGGCUUUGAGAGUUUCAAACGGAUAUUUUGAUUUUUGAGGGUACUUUACAAGAAGUCUCAAAACAAUUUCAAUAUUUUUUUAAAAAAAUGGCACCAUCUUUUUUAUCAGGUCUUGUCUACGGAUGGCGUAAAGGACACUUAAGAGAAUGAUGCCGGUCUCAGGUUCGUUGAAAUUCCUAAAUUUUUG